AGAGAGAGAGAGAAAGAGAGAGAUAUAGGAAAAGAAAGAAAUAGAACGGAAGAACAACAUAUUGUAGGUGUAGAAGCAGCAUUAAGCAAUUAUUCUUUUAAGCGAGAUAUAUGAUGUUGCGAGUCUCUUUCUUUUCCUUUUUUUUUAUUAAACUUUGUCUUUUUGGAAAAUUGUUUUGCUAGUCGCGCUCGCUUCAGGAAAGUUAAAAAAGCACAAUUAUCUGCUGCCAAAUAGCAAGACUCUAUUGUUUUAUGACAUUAAAUUAUAUUUUGAUGAAAUAUCGGUGUCGUGUUGUCAAAGUUGUCGUGUUCUUUUUGAAUAGCAUUUUGCGUAUUACAUCGAGAUCGACAUUGGGCCUAACAGAGAUAAACGACACGUGAUUCUAAAAGUAUCGGGCGUCGAACUCCCGGCGAUGGCUUGCGAUAUCAAAAUCAGUAAUUUAUUAUCGGUGAAAUUUUCAUUGACAACAAUUCCGUCAAUGGGAAUGUCCGAGGUACGUGUACGCCGCGUAUAAUAGAACACGACCUAUCCUACUGUCGAUAAAACCCCCUCUUGAUAGUGGCGGCCGGUGGCAGUCCAACGUCGGCCGUCGUUGCGAACGGAUACGUCGUCGUCGCCGCCGUUCGUUCGUCGUUUUAAUUCUCGUUCGCCGCCAAGACGAACGAUCGAAUUGAGGAGGAACGCGGAAAAUUCUCACCGUAAACCUUCGGGCCGAUUGCCCGGCAACGUCGUUCUCAUUCGGCGCGGCUGUUCGACGAUUGAUCGAUUAAAUUUCGAAAAAAACUAUCGAAGAAAGGAAUUAAGAAAAGUGCCGGUUUGACGCGCGUCCACCACGUGUGCGCGCGACCACGUGUGUGUGUGUGUGUGUGAUUUGGCAGCAAACCGAAUGCGUCGAGCGAACGUUCGUCUUCUAUGAGGCGAACUACGUCGUCGGUUUUUAAAUUGGUAUUUAUUUAUUUUCUAACGUCGCGUGCGUGAUCGAGAAGAGUGCCACCCACACGUCCUGUCGAAAGUUCUUUCCCGCGCUAUCACCGUCCCGCGGGGGUUUCCCCUUCUCGUUCCGCGUUUGCGACGCGCUUAUCUCGCAUCUCUGCCCGCGCGAGCGAUAAACCGAGGGCUCUUUCAAGCGACCUGCGUACUGCACUGGAUGCACCGCGACGCGACGUAUCGUUUAUCUCGAGCGUGGUUAACGCGCGCUUCAGCGCGCUUUGCGUAGUGCGCUACUCGCGGCGACGGUGAACGGGCGCGCGCGCGCGCGUGUGCCGAAAGAGCGAGAUCGAUAUAGACGUUGUCGAUCUCCCCGCGAUCGCGGUCAUCGGAUCGAAUAACCGGCGGCGGCGAUGAAUUGAUCGGACGUGCGCUCGCGUCGGAUUUCCACGCGAGUCUGGAUGCUGUAAACCGAAGUCACGUCGAUUCCGCCAAAAGGGGGGCAGAACAAAAGCGGCGUGGAACAACGACAGUAUCGCGCGUGCGAACCGCGUGAACACGUUUCCGCGCACUUUCCCCGAUGACGGGCUUUUCUCAUCGGCAUCCGGAGAUCCCUUCGAGUGAUCAGGAGUGAUACUCGUCGCGCGGGAAGAUCAGCGGGAAAUCAAGCGGCUGGUGGCGGCAGUUGAGAGAGGACCCGCGACCUCCGAGAUGCAUCUGAAGGGCCGGAAGAAGGUGCGCCAAUUAGCUGCAAUGUCGGUCUAGUGCCGCCUCGUGGAAAUCGCGGAACUCACCGAGUGGAUUCUCGAAAAAUAUGUUGCGCAGGUCCGUAUGGAUAUCCGAGAGAAGGGCGAUUCGUCUUGGGUGAAGCACGUGAGUUAUCCAAACGCUACCGUUCGAUGGGCGGAAUGAACGCAAGGACGGAAUAAAUCAUCGAGAAGUGCGUGGCCCGUGGGAUGCAUUACGCGCAUUACCUCGAGAGGAUCUCCGUCGCCGUCGCCGUCGUCGUCGCCGUCGUCGUCGUCGUCGUCGUCGAGCCGGGAUCGAUCGGGCGAAAUAAUGCGAUCGAAACGCAUCAAGAAGGCGGCACUGUUCAGAUUGCUCAGAUACAGACAGUGCGGCAGGUGCCGGAAGAUAACUUAGCGUACCCGGGAGCAUUCGGAGCGAUCGGUCGACGGGGAUAAAGAGAAUAGGAGCGCACAUACAUACGAGAGCACAUGAGACUGAUCGCCAUCGUGGCAAUGAUCGACGAGCGUAAUUUCACUUCGUUGGCUGUGAUUUUUACUCCUAGACUCCUCCCUUUUUCUCACCACCCGACUCCAGAGGCUUGAAAUCGCGUGAAAAUCGCUAAGACUGACCAAGGUAGACCUCACCGAGGGAAACACGUGAGCCUGGAGCACGUCAUCCUGCGACGGCAAAGUCAUGAGCGUCGUCUGGUCGGAUACAUCUAUGCAUAUUAAAAGCGGUAAACAUUAUAUCGUUAUAUGUUAACGUUAAUUACGAUCUAAGUGUUGCUCGUAACUUCUUGUAAAAUCAGCUAUCCCACCGAAGAAUAAUUAAAGCGAGCGAGGAUCUCAUCUUCGAGAACGCGUGUCGCUUCCCGUUGCGUUCGCGUUUAUUAGCGUUGUCGUAGGGCGCGCCAAGUUGCAUACACUAACCGGCAAUAAGAUGCGCGCGUGAAGCUCGGAUAACGAUCACGCGCGUUACGUGAUCAACGCGAACAAAAUAGAGAGAAAGAGAGAGAGAGAGAGAGAGAGUUUUCUUCCUCGCGAAUAUGUUUAUCGGACGAGCUUGCUGUGUUCCAGUUUGCAACUGAUCGUUCAAAGGCUCGCUUCCCGAUUAUCUUCCAUCGUUCUCCCUUUCUCACCGUGUAUCUUAAAAAUUGGGGCAUUAGAAGAGAGAGAGAGAGAGAGAGAGAGAACUUUUGCGAGACAUUCUUGUGAGAAUUUGGUCGAGAACUGCGACUUGGAACUUAGUGGUCACGUUAAGUGGAAAAACCUACUGAAGGACUAUUUGAAGGCUUACCGAACCCCUCGAAGAGGACGAAUCGUCGGCAUUACGGAAGUUUGAGUGCCACUCGAGCAUAGUCCAAUAGGUAGAUCGGUCUAAAAUUAUUUCGCUGCAGCAUUGGCGGAAAGAGAUUGUUAUAAAGCUGUUUGGCUCAAUAAAAAUCAAAAAGGCUUGCGGAAAUUUGAGGUCCUCUGCGAUCCAGAUAGAAGAAUAAUAAUAAAGAGAGAGUGCCAACAAUUAAAAGGUGCAGGCAGUCGAGUGUAAAUCAAUAUCAAAGGAGAAAGAGAAAGCAGAAGAGGAAAGAGUGGAAGAUAAAGGUUAUUACUCGCGAGCGAGCGAGCAUUUUAAAUGUUUGGUUUGAAAGGGAAGAAGAUUGAUCUGAAAAAAUUGAGGAAAGGGCAAUUAAGGAGGAGAGCAUCGACCAGAAAGGGAAUCGUAACGUGAAAAGGUAGAGGCAAAUUCGAGCGAAUGAUUCAGCUGGAGUUGAGCGCAUCGGAGGAACAAAAGCGAGGAGAUCAAAACGAAGGAUUUUUAUUCGUAGUUUAGCGUAGACGUAUAUCUGCGCGCGCGCAGUGAUUAAAACAGAGAGGCUGUCGGAAUAUUCGACCGCUCAAGACUGAAAGCCAGCGGUAAUUAACGCGAUCUCCUUGCGAUUAUUUAAACCGAAUUUCCGGUAGGAGCGCUCGAUUUUUCGGCGCACAUGAGAGAAGAAUGGUAUUUCGAAGGUAUUCCUCGGCAAAAUUAGACCAGAAAUUAUAGCGAGAUAAAGCUACCGGGCGAAUAUCGUGCUGCAUCCGAGAUUCGCUUAAUUAAAAGCUCGUUGGUUCUUUUUUUAAUCGGCAUUUCUAUAAAGUGCUGAUUAAGUAUCGUUACGAUAGGUGCAGUGGUAGCAUUAUUGAGAUCCUGUUGUCGAGGAGCAAGUGUAACGGUCGGACUUCCAGUACAGAAGAGCGACGGUACUGAGAAACUCAUCGAAAAUUCAUCCGGCGUUUUGCGCAACUCGGGGAAUAAAUUGCGACCAAACCGAGAGAGAUCGUUGGAAAUUCAUUCGGCAUAUCAGAUCUCCGCGUAGAAGCGAUGUAAUUAAAGAAAACCCGCGAGACUGCCGAGGUAGCCGCGAAGAGGGAUAAUUGAAAAUUCAUGUAGCGUUUUAACGCCUUUUCUUUUCCAUCGCGAGAGGUGCGAGGGAAAAUAAGUGGCGGUUCAUUGAACGUUUUAAUUUACCCGCACAGAGAAAAAAACUUGAGGAGGAAGAUAUCGACUCCCGUUUCUGAGAAGGAGGUAAAACGAUCGACGCAGCGGGAUUAGUUUAGUGUAUCCGCGCGGGAAUUCCGAGGCCUGAAUUAAAGAUUUAAUUUGGCUACUUCUACGAACCUGAAUUAGAAAGUGCGAACGAGGCGAGUCGUCUUCGACAAACUGGAUCCUUUUUAAAUUGGUAUUUUAUUCGAUUUAAAGGGAAACGUAUAGGGCAGCGGAAAUCGACGAGCAGAGGAAACGAAGAAGUUAAGGGAAACGCGCGUGAGACGUCAUUGAACGUGAAAAAUUAUUCGCAGCAAAAUCCAACGUCACAUUCGACAAACGGAGGACUCGCGCCGUUCACAAAGACUGUUGGGAAAGGGUGGCAGGAAGAGGAAAACGGUUGAAAGGAAAAAGCGCGAGAAGUACGGAAAUUCCAAGGACUAUCAGGCGACCUCCAAGUUCCCGCGGUCUCGUCCGAUGGCAAUCGUCGAUCGUCGAGAGGAGAAAUAAAAUCUUCUACCGGGUUUGUUUUGCGCGGAAACUACCGCAGAAGGUACGACUUCGACAUCGAGAGGGUCCCUGAGAGAGUGAGACAGCGAAUAAAAUCCACCCACUCGUCCACCCACGUCCGAAAAAGGGGUAGGCGGUGGUAGAUCGCCGGAAGGGGAAGGGAGGCGUGUGCAAAGUCGUUUAGCGAAACUGAUUUACGUGGAAUCUACGCCCUGGGAAUUUUCAGUAUCCCCGGCAUCGAUCGCCCCUCCCUGCUACGCCCUGUGCACUUCCGACACGUCGACAAACGAUCGCGAGGGAGAUCGCGAGCCUGCAUCGAAACUCGGCAUGAAAACCACAGCAAAAAUUUGUCGCUCUCGCCCAUUCAGAGGCGAAACGUGAUCGUACUUUCAGGAAGUCGCCGAAACGUCAGCCGCACUGUCCCGUUUGCCCUUUUCCCGGCCGGUGAAUGGAAGUGCGCGGAAGGGUGGGAGACAAGCCGGGACGAGCGCCGGGGGGAAGGUUGCAAUUUCCGGCCGGCCACGUAACGGUAAAUUCAUUGCGCCGGGAGCGUAAUCCUGAGGGACGAGCGCGCGCAGGGCAUUCUCAAUCGAGAUUUCGUGACUUAGGGCACGAACGCGCCUUCGUGUCCCACGGCGCCGUUUAUUAAGGGCAACACGUAUACACUCGCAUUGCCCGUGGCAUCCUUCCUACAUUCUCGCCGGUACGAUCGCACGAGGGAAACCGAAGCGCACUCGCGCGCGCGCGUGCAAAGAUCAAAUGAAAUAAUCCGGAUUUUGCGUCGAAGCGGAACGAAUUUAUGAACGAGGAAGAACCUUGAUUGUCAAGGAGGACGUACGUUCUGUCGAGCACACGCUCUACUACAGGGAAUUAUAAGGAACGGAGUUGAGAAUCUUUCGCGCGGGAAGAUCUGGUGAAGUGCGAAACGCGGAAGUGAGGCGAGAAUUGAGGGAAUUUAAUCGAAGUGUGGAAAACACUAAUGGAUCUGCGGCACGUGGAUCGUAUGACAAUACGGAGGAGCUCGACGACGUUGACGGACGAUUAGGGCGAUCUCAUCGAAACGGUUUCCGUCAAGUUCUUCGACCUCCCUCGCAUUACGUCAGCGAAACCGCUGCCACGCGAGAGAUAGCGUUCAAGUAUUAACGUAUACUCGUAGAAUCGCUCGUUUCAUUCCAUCGAACAGUAUCAAGUGUACAGUCGUGUGUACGAGAAAGAGAGAGCUCACGUAGAAUUCGGAACGAGGGACAUAGUUACACGUAUCCGAGGAGAUAAACUUUGAGGAAAUUCGCGUUGAAGUCGCGAGUAGAAGACUGAUCGACUGACGACUACGUUGUCAGCGACGUAGAUCGUGCGCUCGAAGUUUAGUGACGGAGGGUGGAGACCCCGGUGACGGCGAACGAGUCGCAAACAUUUGGAACACGAGCUAGAUCGAGACUAGGACUCGAUACUAAAUUCGAUACCCUCAACGCUGUCUGAAACAACGUCGUUUAGAAGCCGCGUAACGUUCGGAUAACAUUCGAGGUGCAACGCGAGCGACUGUGUGUCGACACGGAGAACGGAGUGUUAUCGAUUAUCCCGGGGGGAAUAACGUUUUGCCAUCGUGUUUGCAGCCGCGAAACUGAAGCGCACAGGAUUGACUACCGGUCAUCGUAUGAUCAAGUGUACCGGCGAGCGUACGUGACGCGCAGCAUUAACGGGCUCAUCCGACCGUGAUCGUGAAAAUAUUGACGGGAAUCCGCACGGGAAUUGGUCCUCGAUUAACGACCGUGUGCGACGAAAAAUCACAAAUAAUCUCCGAUAGAAGAAGAAGGCUACGUUGUAAUAACGAUUAACGCUACAUUGAUACGAAAACAGUGUAACUUAUUCGAUAAAAUUUAAUCGUUGUUUCUAGGAAAGUUCAGUGGCAGUUUGGAGAAUAAUUCAGAAACAAACUACAUACAUAUAUUCUGUCUUUGUUAUGUGUAACGUCAAGAAUUUUUCGAUCGUGAAAUUAUAGUAAGAAGAUUGCAUGAUACAAAGUCGCCAUAGCGUAAUGUCUCGGGCGUCACUCGCGUAUAAGAUAUAAAUUAAUGGAGAAAUAAUCAAUUGAGAAACCAAACGUAACUAGUCGAUAGGUUAAUAGUACACGAAGGAAGUGUGGCUGCUCUCGUGUUUCAAGAACCACAGUAAACAUUGAGCUUGUUCGAAUUCUAGUCCUGCCGCGUCGAGUGAAUCGGUCGGCCAGUCUUUCGGUUGUUAUUUCGUGACAGUGCGGGAGAAUUGUAGUGUUUUGUGUGAAAAAAAAAAAACUGCAAUAAUCGCAGUGUCCGUAUGAUCGUUUCGAAUUACAUUUAAGUGCUAACGCGGAAGAAGAACUUGGAUAUCUUGUUACGACCGCUCGAGAUGCCUCGCGCGUCCUAUCGAGCUCGCGCUUCCCGUCGUCGUCACCGUGCCCGAUAUCCUCUGGAGUCCUUCGACAGGAUCGCAUGGGCGUACCCGAGGACCGCGAGAGUUAAUUAAAAUGCGAGACCUGAACGUUACCGCAUGCGCUGCUUUGUACGACGGCGUCGAGUGGUCAAGCCUGUGGAACGUGAUUGCCCUAAUCGUCCUGGCGAUCGUCGAUGUUAUGGUGGUGGUAGGUAACGUCCUGGUCAUCCUGGCCGUCUAUUGCACCAGCAAGCUGAGGAACGUGACGAAUAUGUUCAUCGUGAGCCUGGCGGUCGCCGAUCUGAUGGUCGGCGUCGCCGUCCUGCCGUUCAGCGCGACCUGGGAGGUCUACAAGGUUUGGAUAUACGGAAACCUCUGGUGCUCUGUGUGGCUGGCGGUCGACGUUUGGAUGUGCACAGCGUCGAUAUUGAAUUUAUGCGCCAUCAGCUUAGAUAGGUACUUGGCUGUGACCAGGCCAGUCAGUUAUCCUCAGCUUAUGUCGACGAAGAGGGCUAGACUUCUGGUGGCCACCGUUUGGGUUUCGAGCUUCGUUAUCUGUUUUCCACCUCUAGUGGGCUGGAAGGACAAACGGUCGCACAUUACGUACAAUGACACGUUUCCCCUAUAUGGCCCGUCCAACACCACCACUAUACUCGUGCCGAUGAAGCCGUGCCCAUGGAUCUGCGAGCUGACUAACGAUGCCGGCUACGUCGUUUACAGCGCCCUAGGCUCCUUCUAUAUACCGAUGCUGGUGAUGCUAUUUUUUUAUUGGCGGAUCUACAACGCCGCGGUUUCCACGACGAGAGCCAUUAAUCAAGGUUUUCGAACAACAAAAGCCUCGAAAAUGUUUGGCACCAGGUUCGACGAACAAAGACUGACCUUACGAAUACACCGCGGCCGCGGUAGCGUCCACAACGGCAGCAACAACGGCAACUCGAGAAGUCCGGACUCGAGCGGCCGUAGCUCCGUCAAGCGGGAGAAGAUCAAGAUCUCGGUCUCCUAUCCCAGCACCGAGACGCUCAACACGAAGUGCAACACCCUCGAGAGAACGCCAUCGAGGUGUUCGCAAAUGUCGGUUCAUUAUAGCAACGGGCAGACGCAGACGCAGCUUUGUCCGACCUCGCGAAACACGCAUCUUAAGGUCGGUGGUGUCAAUAGGGUCGGCAGCAGCAAAAGACCGAGCAGGCGAAGCAGCUGCGAGAGUCAGGUGACCGGCGACGAGUUGUCGCUGCGCGAGAUGACGCCUAGCAACGAAGAGAAGCCGCGAGUGAUGAAGCUGGGCAAGAGAAACAUAAAAGCCCAAGUGAAGAGAUUUCGCAUGGAGACGAAGGCGGCGAAGACUUUGGGUAUCAUCGUCGGCGGCUUCAUUAUGUGCUGGCUGCCCUUCUUCACCAUGUAUCUGGUGCGCGCGUUCUGCCCGAAUCACAUCCAUCCAACCGUCUUCAGCGUACUGUUCUGGCUAGGAUACUGCAAUUCCGCGAUAAAUCCGUGUAUCUACGCCCUCUUCAGCAAGGACUUUCGCUUCGCUUUUAAGAGAAUUCUCUGCUGCAAGUGCUCCUGCAUACAACGCGCCAACACCCUGCGACGUGGCAGCGACGGCAGCCAAUUGGCGAUGAGGAACGAGCGAAGCCCGAGCUAUUCAAUCCGUAUGGCCCAGCACGGGACCUCCAUCGACGACUCGGAUCCGGAUCCGUCGUUGGAGGCGACUCACUCGCAGAGCGAGUCCAGAUGAUUGUAGCGACACGUCCGAGCUAGCACGCAGCGCGUCACCUUCAAUCCCCGAUCCUCCAAAGCGAGGAUAUUUUCCUUCUGAUGACGACGGUGCUCCGAUGAUGAGGGCCGCGCUCGACACGUCCUCCUCGCGGCCCGUACGCCAUGAUGACGACGACGACGACGACGACAACGACGACAACGAGUCGCGGCCGCCCCGACGCUUGGUGUCCCAACGUUCAAAUCAGUUUCAUCAUUCUGCCAUCGGACUGACGUCGCGUCAGCGUUUCGCGUAAAUGAGACAUUUGGUGAAGCUGAAACUCGCGCCCGGGCCCUAUUCUCCGUCGCCGCCGCGAAUGCACGAAAUCGGAUAACAGGCGGGUAACAGUCGAGUAACAAGCGACAAGUAACGUGCCACUCGCCUAACUUGUCUCGUUACUCUCUGUCGUUGAGUGGAGAAAAAAAAAACUUCCCGACUGCUUGGCUUGUCCACGUAAUCUCGCUACAACGGUGGCUUUACGCCAGGUCAACAGCGAUAUAAGAGCCGGGCAGUUUCUUGAGUGAGGUGAGCAAAUAAUGUGCCUGCUCCCUCGCUAAAUCGCGUGCGAUCUCGCUGUAACGAGUUUGCACGGAGCGGUAAAUCAAAAGUAGCGCGCUGACUGCUCUCCUCGCCUUACUGUCAUCCAUCGUAGAAAGCAGAAGGAAAGAAAAGAAAAGUAAAAAAGAGGACGCUGAACGAUUUGCCUUUGCGCUGUAAUUGCGGCGAGGUCGACGGAAACGGAGUGCCAGGUGGAGCGCCUUGCGACGCGCGCGUCUACUCGGAAUUGGAUUCUAGCGCGACAGGCCUGGAACGCGGCGUUUCAUCCGCAGGAAACGUAGGAAAAAGGGAAGAAGACGAAAACCGAUCUAUACGGAUCUCUUACACACGCGUUAAUUUCUUCGCGAGAAUCGUACACACGGCGCUUCGCUUCGAUCUUUCGGGUUACACGAGGAGAGCUUCGCAUGAUUUGUCCCUCAUAAACGACCGUCUUCUUACGUCCGGUAUAUGCAACAAGUCACAAUUAAUAUGUUCGUGUGUCCCACGCAGAUCACCGGAGGAUGAUCGGUCGUUUGCUAGAUCUGGAGACGAUGACACAGUUCAACAAAAAAACUGACUUUUUUAAAUACCAGAAUAAAACUCGUCAUUUUCAAUAUAAUAAUUUGGAUGCUAAAAACGCACAUCUGCACGAUUUCCAAAUUAUUUUAUUGUGUUAUGAUUUUAAGAAAUUUGCAGUUAAAAGAACUUUUUGUUAAAAUUUAAACAUAAUUUAAUUUUUAUCAGCUGUACUAGUUUUACCAUUUUAAAUUUGUCAAUUUUAGUAUUAAAUUCGUAUUUAGUAUUAUAAAGACUUCUAUAUAUAAAUUUUUGAAAGUUAUUUGAUAAAUCAUUAAUAAUUUAAUUCACAGUUUUUUCUCAACAGACCCCAUAUUUUAAUUAUAAAUCAUAUUCAAUCAAAAUUUCCGUUUACAUUAUAUAAAUUGAAUGUUUUAAUAAUGGAUUUACUUUUGAUUACAAUAUAAAUUCUCCAACACAUCACGCAUUAUAAUUAUAAUACGACAAGGUACGUGAUUUAGACCUCUUUCCAACUUUAAUUGCAAAUUUUUAUAAAUUGUGACAUAUUUGGUGAAAAAAAAUUACAAAUAAUAACUAGUCCCAUUUUGCUGAUUUUCUUUUUGUUGUCGAACUGUGUAAUCUCCGAUAAUUUCGAAUAAUAUGUACGCAAUCGGUGUACCUUCUUUCGUCAUCUCGUAGUAGAGUGCACCGUUUUCGCGACGAGAGAAAAUUAACGCCCCGCUCUUUCCGCUCUUUCACAUGCAGCGCCGCCUUUUGCAAUGUUAUUUAUUCGUAUUUCGAUACGGACUCGCGCAAGCGAAUUACGCUACGUGUAGCUUCUAGUCCCCUAAGCCCUUCCCCGAUUUCGCGGACGAUCGGAUCGACCGAUCGACUAAUUCGCUCUUGGUCGUCCGCGAGACGUGUCUGUGCGUACGUAUUGCGCCACGCACUCGUCCCACGUCGCUGUCGGAGGAUUUGCGCUCCGAAGGCUUGAGAAUCGUCGCGAAUCGUUCUCAAGCCCAGAAAGGAGAGGCAGAUGUUGGACAAUCGUCUCCUGUCCGACAGGCGAGCGACGUAGACUCCUCUCCUAUGUACAUACAUAUCGAUAUAUCUAUGUGUACGCAACAACACGCUAAGUAUGUCGUUAUAUAUCUUCUAUAUGAUGAACCGAUGUUCGCGUUCACGUUCGCAUAAAUCGGCGUUUCCCUCCCCCGUUUUCUUUCUCUCCCCAUUAUUCAAUUCCUCUCCAGUCACCUUCUUUUUUUAUCGUUCGAGCGACUCUUCGGAAUGCAUCUGGAAUGAGAUCGCAACUAUUCGACGCCAUUGAACCGUACGUUUCUUUUUAUCCCACGUGUACGUACGGCAAACAUUUGUACCGCGCGUGUAAAAUGCGCAUGUUUUACUUUGUUGUACAACGGAAUAAUAUCGCGCGAAUAUUGCCGGACGAAUAUUGAUACGUGAAAGAGUCAACGUCUCGUCCUCGCAGAAGAACUCUUUCUCGACCAUUUUAGAUGUCCUUUUCGCUGUCAUAGCUUUGCGUAAUUGUAACUCGAUUCGGGGGCGGCGAGACGACCGAUCGAUUUAAAGAAAA